AUGAAUGGGCUGGCUGACGACAACGACGACCUGCCAUUUGAAAUACCAGAACUUCCUACUGGACAAGUGCUGCGUUUGGAUUUGCUAUCAAAUUGGGGUGACAGCACUUACGUUGGUCUCAAUGCCGUAGAAAUCUUCUCAGAUACUGGAAGACGUCUAGAAGUCGCUAAGAUUUCGACGAACGCCGUCCGGACCUUGGGCGAUGUGCAGUCGAUCUUUGUCGAGUCGUUCAGCUGCACCGACCAGAGCAAGAUGUGGCGAGCAAAGCUGGAGAAAGAUCGGUGUGUGAGCAUCGACAUAGAAUUUGUCGAGAGCACUCGCAUCGCCAUGAUACGAUUCUGGGUGGGUUGUACUUCAACAAAUACCUGCUGUGUAUGUUUUGCAAUUCAUUCAUUACCAAUACAUGCGGUUGUCUCUUGA